AUGCCUUCGGCCCUGCCGAUUCCGUCGCCCACGACGUCGCCCACGGUGUCUCCCACGACGUCCCCGACGGAGUCGCCCACGACCGCACCCACGACCACGCCCACGACCGCGCCCACGAGCGCGUCCAACCCGACGCCGAAGCCGACGCCCGCGCCCACCUCGAGCUGCGCCGACAGCGCGUCGUGGUUCUCGAAGAAGAGCAAGAACGACUGCGCCUGGGUCGCCGAGGACGCCGAAAGCCGCUGCAGCAAGAAAGACGACGACGACGUGAAAGCCAAGAGCGCCUGCCCGCGGGCCUGCGGCAAGUGCGACGACGACGCCGAGGAGGAGGACGAGGCCGAGCCCGCGUGCGAGGACGAUUCCACCUGGUUCUCGAAGAAGAGCAGUAACAACUGCCGGUGGGUCGCCGAGAAGCCCGACUCGCGCUGUAGCAAGAAGAACGACGACGACGUCAAAGCGAAGAGCGCCUGUUUUGUGGCCUGCGGCGUCUGCGAGGCCCCCGAGGCCGCGUGCGCCGACUCGACGUCGUGGUACUACAAGAAGGCCGACCGCGACUGCUCCUGGAUCGCGGACAAGCCCAAGCGCUGCGACAAGGCCGACGAGUACGGCGUCGACGCGUCCGUCGCCUGCGCGCUGACCUGCGACGCCUGCGACGCCGACGCGGCGCCGACGCCCGCGCCGACGCCCGAGCCGACGGCCGCGCCGACGCCCGCGCCGACGACCGCGCCGACGGCGACCCGCUGCGAGGACGAUGACGACUGGCUCUACGACGGCAAGGACGGCCGCGGCUGCGCGUGGAUCGCCGAGAAGACGUCCCGCUGCGACGGCAAGGACGGAGCGCGCGAGGCCUGCCCCUUGUCCUGCGGCGCGUGCGAACCCGCGUGCGAGGACUCGAAGAGCUGGUUCUCGAAGAAGGAAAGCAACAACUGCGAGUGGGUCGCCGAGAAGCCCGACUCAAGGUGCUCCAAAAAGAGCGACGACAAGGCCAAAGCAAAGGACGUCUGCCAGCUGGCCUGCGGCACCUGCGGCGACGAGGACCGCCGCCUCUCGCGCCUCCGCGGCGCGGCCAACUAG